GCAAUUUCUUUUCAUGGCUGUGGAUGAUAAUGAUUUCUUUACAAUGUUCCAGUGUUAGAUGUUAGUUUAUAUUCUUCAUACUUAAAGAAAAAUUAAUCGAAAAGUUUCCGGAGGUACGUACAUAAAAACUAUAUUUCGAUAGUAAAAGUGCAGAUUAAAUACGUUCGAACCUUCAAAAUGCUUUCAAAAAGUAAGAAAUCGAAAUCUAAAAAGACUAAUAUCGAAUCUGCAAAUUGUAAAGAAGCUCUCAAGACUAAGUCUGCAAAGAAAAUGAAGCGAAAAAUAACAGUUGAUACAAAAGCAAUGGAGAGCGAACAAAUUAUGGAAACGAAGUCUCUGUCUUUCAAAAAUAAUGACAAAAAAGAUAAUAAAGCUGUUAAGACAAAAUCUGCAAAGAAAAUUGAUCGAAAAAUAACAGUUGAUAUAAAUACAGUAAAAAAUGAACGAAUUAAGGAACCAAGCACUGCAAGAAAAGAUCGAAAAGUACAAGCUGACACAAACACCAUAAAAAAUGAACAAUUAAAGAAAACAAGCUCUCUGUCUCCCAAGACUAAUGAUAAAAAAGGUAUCAAGACAAAGUCUGCAAAGAAAGUCGGUCGAAAAACAACAGUUGAUACAAAUACCAUUAAAAAUGGAAAGAUUAAGAAAAGCACUCAGUCACUCAAGACUAAGGACAAAAAUAGUAAAAAAUCUCUUUUGACUAAGAAAGUCGAUCGAAAAAUAACUGUCGAUACUAAUACCACGAAAAAUGAACAAAUUAAGGAAACAAGCGUGCUGUCUUUUAAGACUAGUGACAAAAGUGAUAAAAAAGAUCUUAAGACUAAGUCUGCAAACAAAGUAUAUCGAAAAAUAACAGUUGAUUCAAAUUCCAUGAAAAAUGGACAAAUUAAGAAAAUAAGCGCUCAUCCUCUCAAGACUAAUGACAAACCUUCAUUUUCUUGUAAUUGUAAAUCCAAAAGAUUUUCUUUAAAAAAGUUAACUAUACUUACGCCCUCUGUAAAUAAUUCUUCCGUGAAACGUGUGAGUCCUAUCAAAAUAUCGUUAAAAGGUAAAUUACAAAUCAAUAAGCCUAGUAAUGCAGGUACUUUGUAUGCGCACGAUAAAAAUAAAAUAAAAUUGUUGGAUAAUCUUGUUAUUGAUAGCAAUGACUUAGAACGAGCAACCAACAAGGCUUCGGCUAGUAAGCAUAUUAGCACUCAAAAGAAAGUUCGAAUAAUGCAUACUGGUCAAGUAGUUGACGAUAAACAUAAUGUAUUAGGAAGUAAUUCUGUUCUGAAAUACAGUGUUCUGAAAGACUCCGUUCUUAAAACUGGCAAAGCUUCCAAUGAAACAUUUGCUUGCAUUGCAAAGAAUUUAUGUAAAAAAAUGCCAGCUGAUCCAAUUAUAGGAAGGAGUCUCAAGACUGAUGAUGAAUAUUUAUCUCCAUAUAAUACAAGAUCUAAAUUUAUCACGAUAAAAAAGCCUACUAAAUUGUCCUCUGCCAUAGAUUCUACCCCAAGAUGCGUGAUCCCCAUGAAAUUAUCUUUAAAACGUAACGUAAAAUCAUCUAUACCAACCAAAGCUGUUUCGUUUAAAGAAGACAAUCAGCCUUCAAAUGAUAAGCAUACGAAAUAUGUAGGUGAUAAAAUAUCUACUGAUAAAAUAGUUGGGAAAUUAGCUGUUAAAAAAACGAACCCGCAUGCUUCCAUGAUGGAUAAAAAAUCCUUUGCUUCAAAUUCUAAAUCUAAAAACUUGGCAUUAAAAGAGCCAGAUAGACUGUUUCAUGCCGUGAAAUCUCACAUAAGAGCUUUAGAUCAUGAUUUAAAAUCAUCCAGCACGGCUAAUUCACCCGAAGGAAGGAACUCAUUUCUGUUAGAUAUGGCAAAGAGGUUUAGUGCAAGUCAGAUCUCAAACAGCCAAGCACCUACUUCAUCUAAAACUAUUUCUUCAUUUGCGAAGUAUUUGAAUAAAGUAAGAAGCAGAAAGAAAGAAAAAAGUAAUAAUUCUAGAGUUGAUCUAGAAUCUAAGUUAACUAUUGACCCUCAAUUGAAGAACAUUGAAGAUUCUAAUCAGAAGAUCAAUUUUGUUGACCUUUCGAAUUCAAAACAAGUAGGAAAAAAUGCUCCAAGAACUACAGAACAAAGAAGUGCGCAUGAAAAUAUUUUUGAAAUGGUAAAGACUGAAACGAUUAAGAAUACGGAUAUCUCCGAAGUUAUUGAUAUUAUGAAAACUGUUCCGGUUAAUUAUAAAGAAAUGCUCACUUUUUUAGACGGGGAAAUGAAAAAAAGUGUCGCCAAAAGAAGUGAUAACCCUGUACCUUAUCUGCCUAUGGAAAUUGAGCAGGAUGAAAAAAAUGCUUUUCCCUCCCAAAUAACUGAUUUGGAAAAUAUUCAGAUAGAUGAAAAUGAAAUAUCUAAUUUUUUAGACGAAGAGAUGAAAAAAGGAAUUGAAGAUUUGAAAAGUUGUUACUCUGAUCUGUAUUCUGGAUCGCAAGUUUUUACUUCGGAUUCUAAUCUGGAAAAUGAAAUUUUGCACGAUUCGUCUUCACACAUGUGCACGUCUUCUAUACCUAACACUUUAAUCGAAACUCCUAGUGUUGACGGUGUUCAUCAUUGUCCUUUGUACCAUCCUGAUACUCAAUCCACUUCUGAAAUUGUCUUUAUUCUUCCGGUUGUUUCCAAUUUUACUGCAGCAUCAAAUUCACUUGAUUUAAAUUCUAGCUCGCCUUUCCAGCCAUAUAUUGCAGAAGCAACGUGUGAUUCUACGAAUAUAGAUUCCGUUUUUAGAAAUUUUUGUAAAAUCUUACAGAAUUCAAAUGCUUUUGAUACAGAUAGUAUCAACCUACAGACAGAUUCCCCUGAUAUCACCAAUUCUCAUAGUUCUUCAUCAUUGAAAACGUGUCAGAAUAUAGGAUCAAGUUGUUACGAUUCUUCAGCUUCAAAUGAGAUUAAUUCAGGUAUUCAAACUGCUUCUAACAAUAUUUCCUCAACAAGUAGGUGUUUAACCUUCUGUAAAACCUUUCAAAAUUCAGAUUCACCUGUUAAUGCCGAUUCUCGUAGUUCUUCACGACUAAAAGCGCUUCAGAAUAUAGGAACAAGUUUUGACGAUUCUUCAGCUUCAAAUGAAAUUGAUUCACUAAUUCAUGCCACUGCAAACAAUAUUUCCACCAUGAGUCACUUUUCAGAAGUAAGUGGUACUAAUUUAGAAUAUACAGAAGCACGAUCCAUUCCUGUACUUGAAGCGAAUAUUAAAGAAGUGGACACUAUUGAUAGAAGUUCUUUCUUUUUGGGAAAUUAUUUUCAGUUUAUGACAGACAGAAAGAAUCUUACUUUAAAGGAAUGUAAAAAAGUAGGAAGCUGUUUUUUUAAUAAGCUUUCACCUUUCCCACGUUACUUGUCAGUGAAAUAUUUCUGUGACAAUGCAGAGGAAUAUUUGUCUGGUUUCUGCUUCUGUGAUUCGUCUUCUCAGACGACGAGAUACAAAUUCGACGAGAAUUUUCAAAACUCUAGCUUCAAUGAACUGAUUAAGAAGUACGUUUCUUAUCAAUUGAAAGAAAUUGUGAAAGCCUUACCAGUCCUACCGUUCUGCAUCAAAUCGAAUUUGCUUUUUAAAGCUAAGAAUUCCAAAUUAACCUACUUUGAGAAACUACUUUUGAAAAAAAUUUUAAAAAAUAAUCAAGAAGUUGAUUUGGAAGAUCUGAUUGAUCGAUUGAUAUUUGUGGGUAUAGUUGUGGUAUUUAAUGAGCAUAAGAAGAUAAAGUAACUUAAAUUACAUCAACAGACUAUUUUUAUGUAUCACCCUAAUGCUUAUUGUCAUAAGUUUAGUCCAUGAUUUAAUUUUGAAAUAGGGAUAGCAGC